CGAUUUUUGUAUUAUCGAUGUACGUCUUUCUUGAUUCGCACUUUUACCAAUUACAACGAGAUCGACGGAGAAACGAAUAAACUGAAAUAAUAUCGAAGUAAACGCUAAAGAACUUUCGACUGCUUAAUUAAUAAUACUUCAUUGUUAUUUUAGCAUGAUAGAUAGAUAUUCCCUUUUAAUUCGUAGCCAUAAAAUUAUUCGAACUUCAUAGAGAGCGUCAACGUCAUCAUUCGUACCAACGUUAUAGUCGUCGAUCUCUUCCUACAUUCGAUUUGAACAAGUGUCGCAUUGUACAGUGGUUUUGGUUUUUUUAUCUGAAUUUGUGUACAUGUUGUUCCACGAUGAGAUUAACAGGAUUAUAUUGUACCCUUUUCAUCGCAUGCUGCUUAUCAUUUAGCCACGCCCUGGAAUGCUAUGUAUGUACCAAUCAAGAGGGUAAUCGAGAAAAAUGUUUAAAGAGUACAAAAAUCUGUGAACAGAGUCAAGACACGUGUUUAACGGAAAUUAAAUGGGGAAGUACACCAUAUUGGUCACAAGGUGCGAAGAAACAGUUUUAUGUUUCAAAGAGAUGUGCAACAAGAAAAGAAUGCGAAAGAAUAAAACAUUCUAAUAUGGGAGAUUGCACGUAUAUAUGGUACGAAGACUGGAAAUGUUCCGAUUGUUGUCAAGGAGAUAAAUGCAAUUAUUAUGUUAUCUCUGCAGCGGAGAAAAUACAUGUUUCCUGGCUGAUCGUAAUGAUAUCUUUGCAUAGUUUAUGGCAUAUAGUGAAAUGACGAAUAAUGUCAAAAGAUAUUGCUCCAGCGUCGGCCUCUCGCAACUAGUGAUAUUCCUUUUCAUUAGAAAAACAAUGUUUUUCAACCGUGCAUGGAACGAAUAAUUAUAUAUUAUAUAUAUUUUAAUUGUAACUAUAUAUAAGACGAUACUUUGCAUGUAUCUGAAAGGAACAUAUUUAGGAAAAAAAGACGAUGCGGAGUAUUUCUGCGAUAAAAGCAAUUCAUACUCUCCGUAUCGUAUAAUCUAUAACAUAAGGUAAAACAACGGUGGAA